AUGGAGGCGACGCAGGCGCUAUACGCGUCGGUUUCGUACCGAAAAGCCCCAGGGACAUUGAUAUUGAAGCCAAAUGGGGUACUUCACUGGAAGCCAUCGAAUGCUGCGUCGAACAUACGCGAGUUUUCGAUCCAGGAUGUACAUUUGAAUGGCUUGCAAGUGUCCAAGCCAGGAGCUGCGCAAGUCGCUCUUCGUCUUGUAGCCAAAGAGGGGCACAACAUUGAUGGAGAAGGUGUAGCCCUUCUUACAUUUAAUGCUGAAAAAAACACCGCAUUGGAACAUCGUGAGAAGUUUAAGGAGCGGCUGGCCGCAGCGAUUGCAAAAGCUCGGGCCGAACAACCCAGCGCCACGAGCACCGCGUCUACGUCCACAUCCUUGAGUUCUGCACAAUCCGAUACUUCUGAGGUAAAAAUACGUGGACAAGUCCUACUAUCAAACCCUAGUUUGCUUGCACUUCAUAAAGAAGUGGUGGGUUCGGGGACGAUCUCUGAUGCAGACUUUUGGUCUCACCCAGCGCGAGCUGCACUGCUUCGUGCUGAACGUGCAAAGACUGAGCAAAAGCAAGGUCGACAGGGACAGUUGGCUGACCCACAUCCAACGCAGAAUGAAUCAGGCGAGUUGAAAAUCAAUAUCACGCCGCAACUAAUUCGCGAGCUGUUUGAGCAGUACCCUGUCUUGACACGCGCGUAUGAUGAAAAUGUGCCUACUAAGCUUGACGAGACCACGUUUUGGAUGAGAUAUUUCCAGUCCAAACUCUAUCACCGACUUCGAACGUCCCUUCGUUCCGCUGCCUCAGAGCAGCAUAUACCCGAUGACGACAUCUUUGACAAAUAUUUGGAAGCUGAAGACAAUGAAUUGGAGCCGCGACAAAAGUAUAAUCCUCAUGAUGCUUUGUUGAACUUGGCCGCUACGGAAGAAGAUCAUGGCCCUACUGGAAAUGCGCAAGACUGGACCAUGCAGCCAGGGUUUGAUCGAAGAACGCUCCCUUUGAUGCGACGGUUUAAUAAGCAUGCCGAGUCCCUUCUUACGUCCUCCCUUGGAGAAAUGACAGAAGAGGAUGCACGACGGGUGCGCCGAAAAACAGGUGGUGUAGGAGAGGAAUAUGGAUCAACCUCGAAGAAGCCACGUAUUUCACGCUAUGAUGAGGAAAUUGUCAUUGAUGACUUGAACGAUCAGCGUGGUGUUCAAGGUCGUCGAUUGAGAAUCCAAGAUCCAAAAAACUAUUAUGCAUCUGAUUCGAAUAGCCAGGAAGUCACAACCUCGACACCUUUAAACCAGGUGGAUCUGGAUCGCUUCAGUCAAAGUUUGAAUGGAUGGAAAUUGGAACUGGCUAAAUUUGCACCAAAAGGUGAUAUUAUGCGCAAAACGCUUUCGUUGAUGUUAGAGAACAUGAAGCAGCAAAAGGCGGGGCCCUCGCAAGAAAGCAUGAAAGGCAUGCCGCCUGAUAUUUUCAAGCAAUUGCUUACUUGCCAUGCAGCCACCAGUGAGUUCUUGCAGCAGUUCUGGCAGGCCAUACUUCCGUCCGCCGACCAAGAUCCAUCUCAGUCGCCUUCGGUCGUUGAGCGCGCUAGGAAGGCCCAAACUAUGUUGACUAUCUUGCGCAAGACCGAUGCGCGUAUUGAAAAAGUCGCCCAAAUUGCGGAGGCGGCACUACCUGGGCAGGGCCAUGCAAACGUGAUGGAAGCUUUUAGUUCGACCCGAAAAGCCGUGCAACGGGCACUAUCCUAUGUAGAUGCAGUAUAA